AUGGAAAAAUCUAAAAAUUUCCGCAUCGACGCUCUGCUGGCGGUCGACCCCCCGAAAGCGGCCUCAGCGCAGACCUCUCCACUAGCUCUGGUGACAUCGCUCGCAGCUGCCACAGCUGGGCACGGCGGCGGCGGCGGCAGCAGCAGCGGGGCGAGUAGUAUUGGUAGCGGCGGCAGCAGCGCCAGCAGUAGCUGUAGCCCAGCGUCCUCGGAGCCGCACGCGGCCACCGCUGACUGCCUGCGCUCCGAGAGCCCAUCGCCUCCGCGCCUGCUGGCGGCGCACUGUGGGCUGUUACCGAAGGCUGCCGCUGCAGCCGCCGCCGCCGCAGGGGGCAUGGCCCUGGGGCUGCACCCGGCAGCAGCGCAGGGAGGCGCGGGCCUCCCGGCCCAAGCGGCUCUCUACGGCCACCCGGUCUAUGGCUACUCAGCGGCAGCGGCCGCUGCGCUGGCAGGUCAGCACCCGGCGCUCUCCUACUCGUACUCACAGGUGCAGGGUGCACACCCCACGCAUCCCGCCGACCCCAUCAAGCUCAGCGCGGGUACCUUCCAACUGGACCAGUGGUUGCGCGCCUCCACCGCGGGCAUGAUCCUGCCCAAGAUGCCCGACUUUAACUCCCAGGCGCAGUCAAACUUGCUCGGAAAGUGCCGACGGCCACGCACAGCCUUUACCAGCCAGCAGCUGCUGGAGCUGGAGCACCAGUUCAAACUCAACAAAUACCUGUCACGUCCCAAGCGAUUUGAGGUCGCCACUUCGCUCAUGCUCACUGAGACCCAGGUGAAAAUCUGGUUCCAGAACCGGCGGAUGAAAUGGAAACGGAGCAAAAAGGCCAAAGAGCAGGCUGCGCAGGAGGCAGAGAAGCAGAAGGGUGGGAGUGCAGGAAAGGGAGGCAGCGGUGCGGAAGAGAAGGAGGACGCAGAGCUGUUGGGGCCUCCAGCCUCUGGGGAAAAAGGCAGCGGACGCCGCCUGCGGGACUUAAGGGACAGUGACCCUGAGGAUGAGGAAGAUGAAGAUGAGGACCAUUUCCCCUACAGCAAUGGCACCAACACAAAUGCCCCCUCCUCCGAUUGCUCCUCUGAGGAUGACUCACCACACACGCGGCCAGGUGGCCCUGGGUACCAGCCCCCACCACAAUAG